UAAGCAGACAAAGCACAGUGUUCUGGGCUGUUUCCUUUUCUUCUGUCCAAGAUGGCUAACAAUUCAGCUUCAUUUGAAACCCAUGAUGUAGUUUUAAGUGUCAACAAGGAUGCCUCAAAAACAAUUGAAAGCUCAGACACAUACACCUCUGUCUUUUUCGUACAAAAGUUGGUAGCUGAAUUUGUGGGCACAUUUUUCUUGAUAUUUACUGGUUGUGCUUCGAUUGUGGUGAACAAGAACAAUGACAAUGUGGUGACACUUCCUGGGAUUGCACUUGUUUGGGGUCUGGUUUUGAUGGUGCUGAUUUACUCUGUUGGUCACAUCUCUGGUGCUCAUUUUAAUCCUGCUGUUACCUUUGCUUUUGCCACCACCAAAAGGUUUCCAUGGAUACAGGUAGCACCUUACAUAGCAUCUCAGCUCCUUGGAGCCGUACUUGCUAGUGGAAUUCUGAAAAUGUUAUUUAGUGGCACGCAUGACCAGUUUUCAGGAACAAUCCCAUCUGGGACUAACCUGCAAGCUUUUGUGAUUGAAUUCAUAACCACUUUUCUCCUAAUGUUUGUCAUAUCAGCAGUUGCCACUGAUAACAGAGCGAUUGGUGAGAUGGCUGGGAUUGCAAUUGGGUCUACAUUACUGCUAAAUAUAUUGAUUUCAGGGCCGAUCACAGGAGCCUCAAUGAACCCAGCAAGAACCCUAGGACCUGCUAUUUUUCACAGUAAAUACAGAGCAAUAGUGGUAUACUUUGUGUCAACUAUUUUUGGGGCUGUGGCUGGAGCAUGGGUCUUCAACAUCCUCAGAUACACAGACAAGCCAUUACAUGAGAUAACCAAGGGUUCCUCUAUCCUCAAAUGAACAGGGCAUGGUUGUAGAAAAUAAUUUAAGCAAAUGGAAGAAAGUUACCAUCAAGUGUCAUGCAGAAAGAGUUUAUCACUUUUGCUAUAUAUGUAACUAUCUUUGUUAGAAAUAAUAAUAAACAAAAAUAAAUGUAUGUAAGUAAUUAAUGGGGUAUAUUGCGCCAGGGCAAUGAUGUCAGGUGAUCUAUAUAGUCGAUCUCACUUUGUGGGAAUAAGUUUUUGUUGAUGAACUGAGGUACUAAGUAUCAAGACCAUGUACAGUUUAAUGGCUCACAAUAAGGCAAGUUUGCCAAGUUGUACAAGUAAUAA